UACUUAGAAGAAAUUGUCUAAGUCAGCCUGUACGGCGUCAGGGUGAGUUUUUCCUAGUAUUUUCUGGGCAUGGAUGCUUAACCGGACGCUCCGAUGGUUUUCCCAGACAGUCUCGUGAGCCAGGGCGCUAAACUUUUUUUGUUUGCGCAUCUCGGUGUUAGAGGCGUGUACAUUUCACCUUGUCAAAAUGAGAUCAUAUAAUACUUGUGAGACAUUACGGUAACCACAAGUGCACCACAUGCGUCAUUGUAAACAUGUACUUACCGUGCGUAAUCAUGCCAGAAACCCAAGCACCGGCACCGACAAGCACGCGAAUCGUCACAGAAGAUCGCCCACUGCCUCUAUCCCGUCGAGAUUUUCCGCUUCCAUCACCAAGUGGAGGACCACGAGGCUCGCUGACCAGUCGGAGUAACCCCAACUAUGAACCCCACAUCAACUUCCACCACCCUUUCUCGACGGGCAGUUCCGGAAUGUCAAACAUCGAUCUAUCGACCACCAUGAGCCACCAUCGCGAGUCAUCCGCGUUCGUUCCGGUCGUGCCCACAAGAAACGUGCAUCCAGUGCUCUAUCCGGGAGAAAUCCACCCUCUUAUGAGCGCCGAGCUCAUGCGCGAGAAUCGCGAACGCGGCGAGUCCAAUAAAAGAGGCGAAGGUUCGUCGGGCGGCGGCGUCGCCACUUAUUCGGCGGUACGCAAGACGCCAAGUUUCGACAUAAUGGCAAUGAUGGCCGAUAAGAGGAAGGAGCUGCAGCUACGCGAAGAGGCCGCGUGCGUCGCGGCGGCGGCCGCACACGCCGCCGCCCUCAUGUUACCCCACAGACCGGGCCCGCCACCCGGUAUCCUCGAGGGUAGCUCGAGCACCCAGUCUCAUCCCUAUCCCGGAUUCUUGCCGAGCAACACCGCGAGCGCGAGUUUUCCUUUUCCCGGCGGCGGCGGGUUGUUUCCGCCCAGCGGGCCCCAAAUGCACGCGCACCUCGACCGAAGGCUACUGCGAGCCCCAGGUCGUGCUUCGAGACCGAAAAAGCAGUUCAUCUGCAAAUUUUGCAACAGACAAUUUACGAAAAGUUACAAUUUGUUAAUUCACGAAAGGACGCACACGGACGAACGGCCGUACUCGUGCGACAUUUGUGGGAAGGCCUUCAGACGACAAGAUCAUCUCCGAGACCACAGGUAAGCGAACGUUUAAUCAUAUACAGGACGUAAGUGAUAAUUACACGGUCGCGCAAAUCAGAGUACCUAGGUGCCAAAGACGGAUGUAGCGAUCGACGACGAAACGUUUUCCAAUUAUGAG